CGAUUUUCAACUCCGCCAUCCGCUGGUUCAUUCGUUGAUCAUUUACUGUGAUGUAGAUGUAAGGUUGGUAUUCAUGUACGUAUGUAUGUAGGGUUAGAAAAUGAGACCCUUAUCUCACAUACCGGGAGAUACACGGGUGCGGGUUUUUAUCACCGAACUGGCCGCCCGCGUCGAAUGGGCAUUCUUAUUCUCCCGAAGCUCGCACAAGAUAACGGCGCGGCCGCGAAUCAGAGGGGAGGGGACUACCCUAGGUAGGCGAAGCGAAGUGCGCCAUGCAGCAAGUGCGGGGACGAGGUGCACAUUUCCAAUCCCAGAAUCUCCCAUCCCUAGUGUGUGUGUGCGCGUGUGUGUCUGUGUAGGUAUGUAUGUAUGUAUGUGUGCGAUAUGUAUGUAUGGUAUGUAUGGUAUGUACGAUGUUGUGUGCGUUUUGUACCGAUGGGUGUGCCAUGCGAUGCGUUGCGUCGUCGUGGUUGGUGGUGGUAUUGGUAAUGGUUGUUCCCAACGAUCCUUUUUGGCCACCUACCAACCAAGCAAGUAUUCUGAAACCCGCGUGUCCAAUGACCGGUCGCGAUCAGGUACAUUGGCGCCGCGUUCCUGACGUACGAGGCACGAAAAGCUGGCGAGAGCGUGCGUCGUUUUAUGUAUGUAUCUGCCUCCCAUCGGCACCUAUUGUCUCGCUACCGCCCACGGACUAAACAAUAUUCGACGCCUUCUACUACACAUGCUGGCGCUCGUGCUCGAGCUGCAGCAUGGGCUCUAGUCACCGGGCAUUGGUCUCGGUACCGCGCAGGAAGCUUUUGACUGCGAGGGGAUUUCCAUGUCGUGCUUUCUGAAAAAGCAGCUAGCUAGCCUGCAGAGCUGGAGAAGGCUGCGCGCCGCAUCCGUACAAGCCCGAAUACCGAGAUGCAGUCCAGAGGCGGGAAAUCGUCGUAGCUCUGCAA